UGUUUUUUUUAAUAUCUCUUCUUUCUUUCUUUUGUUUCUUUUCUUUUUGUGUACACAAUUUGACAGUGCAGCAUGUCAACAGGCUCGGUUAGUGAUACUGAUGAUAUUCAAGAGAUGGUUAUACAGGGACUUGAUUUUCACUACCAUGGCUCAAGGCAGGAUGCUACAGACAACGAUUUGUACAAUUCUGCCGCAGAAGACGAGCCUUGCACAGAAUUCAGCGGUAGCAGCAACUGCUCAACCAAGCAAAAGAGAGACAAAUCAAGUAAGAGCCUACCCAAACCACACAAGGAAUGCAAACAGUCACAGAGAAAUGCUGCCAAUUCCCGUGAAAGAGCAAGGAUGCGAGUUUUAAGUAAAGCUUUUUCCAGAUUAAAAACCAGCUUGCCCUGGGUACCACCAGACACCAAACUUUCCAAACUGGAUACGCUGAGACUGGCUUCAAACUACAUCGCACACCUCAGGCAGAUUCUGCAAGAAGAUAGACACGAGAACUGCUUUGUGCAUCCUGUAAGCUUGACAUGGCCAUUUGUGGUUUCAGGAAGACCAGAUUCAGAAAAUAAAGAUAUGUCUGCCACAUCCAGGCUCCGUGGAGCUACAGCAUAGAGGACUAUGCAAGACUUUUUUUUUAUAUAUAAAUGUAAUUUUCGAAUGUAUAUUUUUAUAUUAAUUUGUAUUAUGCUUUGUAUAUGCAAAACUGUGGAACAGACAGUUAACCAAGCACUUAACCACAAAUUGCUUGUAAGACAUGCAAGUCACCUUUAUGCACUGUGGAACUUGUGUUCAUUAUUUAACAAUAAAUCAGAAGAUUAAGAUCAAUGAUUGCCUUCUACUUCAAAGAACAGUUGGACACCUUAAAUUUAAAAAACG